AUGUCUGAUGAGCAGAAGUUCUUCUUCGACCUCAACGGGUUUCUACACGUCCGUGGUGCCCUGUCGAAAGAAGAGGUUGAGCGCAUGAACAAGGCCAUUGAUGAGCACUCCGGUGAGAUCAAGGAGCGCCUUGAUGAGCUUCGCAACACCAGAGCCGGCAGCGCCCUCUCCGGGGAUGGGCAAACAGGACGGCGCGACCUUGCCGGGAUGCUCGGCUGGCCAAAGCCUCACUGCCAGCCCUUCCGCGAAGUCUUGGCCCACCCGCAGCUGCUGCCAUAUCUAGUGGAGCUUUGCGGGCCUGGCUACCGCAUGGACCACCUGCCACUGGUCAUAACCUCUCACAAAGGGAGUGAAGGAUUCCACUUGCAUGGCGGCCCAUUGACGCAGGGUGGUGGCUUCAACCCCACGCUCCAGUACCGCUGCGUCAAUGGUCAGUUUUACAACUCGCUGCUCGGCAUGUCGGUCCAGCUUGUGGACCACGGUCCGGGAGAUGGCGGCUUCUGUGUCAUCCGUGGGUCUCACAAAAGCAACUUCCCGGUGCCGGACGAGUUCUUGCACGGCGGCGGUUCAGAAGCCAAGGAACAUUUCUACCAGCCAGAGACACGUGCUGGCGAUGUCAUAUUCUUUUCCGAAGCAACUGUGCACGGUGCAAUGCCCUGGACUGCAGAGCAUGAAAGGCGCAUUGCAUUGUACCGGUUUUCUCCGGCGACCGUGGCGUACGGCCGGAGCUAUGCGCCUCAGUGGCCACAGGAAAUGCUGGAGGGCUUGACGCCAGCCCAGCGAGCGGUCUUAGAGCCACCAUAUGCAGGCCGACUUGACAGGCCCGUUCUGCGCCCUGGUGUGGAAGAACCCGUCAUUGAGAGCCGGGCUGCAAAGAAGAAGAAGUUCGAUGAGGAGGUUUUCGGCACCAAGUACUUCUGA